AGACCGUGGUCUGCCUGAAUGAUCUGGUGGAUUAAAUUAAACGUAAGCCCUUCCUGUAUCUAAUUUUGAUCUACAGCUGUUUAGAGCAGCAGUGAUGGAGAAGGAGGCGGUGUCGCUUGAGGCAGACGGGGCAGGUGGUGCACCGGGAGGAGCGCCACCGCCGCUAGACUGCACAGCUGCUUGUUGUCAUGGAGGAGCAAAGAUGGCGGUCCUGGCCUAUAGCCUGGGCAAACGCGAAAUAAAUCAACAUUUCACCAUUAAAAAUGCCAAAUUAAUAUCGCUAGUAGUCGUUAUUUUACUCCUUGUGUUUCACACAGCUUCGCGAUAUUAUGGAGGUGGAGACUCAUGUGAAUGGCUGCUGUCCAGAGGACGUUACUUGGGGGAGAAUGUAUGGCAGCCUUAUGGCUGUAUGAUGCACAAAUACAAAAGCAUUGAAGCCAAAACAUGCCUUGCUGAAAAGCGGGUGGCCUUUGUUGGUGAUUCACGAAUCAGGCAGCUAUUUUACUCCUUCAUCAAAAUUAUUGACCCUGAGCGAAGAGAAGAAGGAAACAAGCAUGAGGACAUUUCCUUUGAAGAAGAGAGUUCUGCUGUGAAUGUGGACUUCCUGUGGUAUCCAGAGGCAAAUAAUUCGAUGAAGGAGCGCUUGAUAUCAUGGACACAUGAAGCUUCAGCUAAGCCAGAUGUUGUCAUCCUUGGAGCUGCCACAUGGUCCAUUAAGUUGCACAGUGGCAGCAGCGAGACCCUGCAGCAGUACAAAGUCAACCUGACAGCCAUUGCUGUGCAUCUAGAGAGGCUGGCUGACCAUGGGGAGGUCUACUGGGUACUGCAAGACCCAGUAAAUGAGGAGGUGUUGAGUGAGAACAGGAAAAUGAUCACCAACCAGCAGCUGGAGCUGUACAAUGAAGCAGCAGCAGAUGUGCUCAACAGCAGCAAGCGUAACGGCAGGUCCCGGGUCAAGCUGUUGGCGGCGUCGCGUCAGGCGGCACUGGAAACGAUCACCUUGUCAGACGAUGGCUUGCACCUGCCUGAGAGCACCAGGAACGUGGGGGCCAUGGUCCUCAUGAACUCUGUGUGCAACAAGCUACUGAGGCCCAUAGAUGGAUCCUGCUGCCAAACGUUACCGCCCCCAAACUUCCUCCAGAAAUUGUCAGCGUGUUUCUUCCUGGGCUCAGCCCUGGUCUUCCUGAUCCUCCAUGUCCUUGGCAACAACCGCCACCGCCGACCUGUGCCCCCUGAUGUGGAGAGCUUAGAGGAGAAGAAGCCAGCGACUGCAGCUGUCCCCUUGGGCCCGAAGGCGCCCUUCCAGGCGCUCUGCAGGAUGGGCAUCAUCAUGGGCUAUUUUUACCUUUGUGACAGAGCAGAUGUCUUCAUGAAAGAGCAGAAGUUCUACACACACUCCACAUUCUUCAUCCCUCUCAUCUAUAUAUUUGUCUUGGGAGUGUUUUACAGUGAGAACAGCAAGGAGACCAAAUUACUCAACCGAGAGCAGACAGAUGAGUGGAAAGGCUGGAUGCAGCUUGUCAUCCUCAUCUAUCACAUAUCUGGUGCUAGUGCUUUCAUUCCAGUGUACAUGCACGUGCGGGUGCUGGUGGCAGCGUACCUUUUUCAGACUGGCUAUGGACACUUUUCCUUUUUCUGGCUCAAAGGAGACUUUGGACUGUAUAGAGUGUGCCAGGUGCUUUUCCGUCUAAACUUCCUGGUCUUGGUGCUGUGUGUGGUGAUGGACAGACCCUAUCAAUUCUAUUAUUUUGUCCCAUUGGUCACCUUCUGGUUUGUCGUCAUCUACGCUACACUGGCCAUGUGGCCUCAGAUCCUGCAGAAGAAAGCCAACAGUAGCGGUAUAUGGCACCUCGGGGUCCUGGUAAAACUACUGGGUCUCCUUCUGUUCAUAUGCUUCUUUGCCUUUUCACAGGGUUUCUUUGAGAGCAUCUUCUCCAUGUGGCCCAUCUCCAAGCUCUUCGAGCUGAACGGAAGCAUCCACGAGUGGUGGUUCAGAUGGAAGCUGGACCGAUUUGCGGUGAUACACGGCAUGUUAUUUGCUUUCAUCUAUCUGGUGCUGCAGAAGCGCCAGGUGCUGUCAGAGAGCAAAGGAGAAGCUCUCUUCUCUGUCAAGAUUUCCAACCUGCUCCUCUUCCUCUCUGUUGUCUCCUUCAUAACUUACUCAAUAUGGGCCAGCAGCUGCAAAACCAAAACAGAGUGCAACGAGAUGCAUCCUUACAUCUCUGUGGUCCAGAUUUUGGCCUUCAUUCUCAUCAGGAACAUUCCUGGCUACGCCCGCUCUAUAUAUAGCUCUUUCUUUGCAUGGUUUGGAAAGAUCUCCUUGGAGCUGUUCAUAUGCCAGUACCACAUUUGGCUGGCAGCAGACACCAAGGGAAUUUUGGUCCUGAUUCCAGGAAACCCUUCACUAAACAUCAUGCUCAGCACCUUCAUCUUUGUUUGUGUGGCUCAUGAGAUUUCCCUCAUCACCAAUGACUUGGCCCAGGUGGUUAUCCCCAAAGACAGCGUGGCCCUGCUCAAGAGACUGGGGGUUGUGGGGCUCUUCAGUCUGAUUGUACUGCUGCUAGCCAGAGGCAGCCAGCCCACACCCGGUGCCUGAUGGACACCUCUUUAUUGGGGGGCACAAAAGACUCGCUAAGCCCCUCCUGAGAUUGAAGUGAGGUACAGAUCCAAGCCAGGAGCAGGCCCGGGGUUUGAGGCUACUGGCGGCCACAGACGACAAUAAGGAACCCACGGGAGAUCACCGCUGGCCAUGUUUGAGCAGAGUCUGUACUUUUUGACUGCUGUGAAAGUCGCACACUGAAGAAAAGAAAAAUGCCCAGAAAAGGGGACAUUGCUCCUUUUAAGUGCAAAUGGUAAGAGAAAAAAGAACAAUAACGCUCGAAAUGUUUACAUUAUCUGGAUUCAACAUAGGAGAAACUUGGAGAUGUGGAGUUUAAUUUAAAACAAAAAGAGGUCCUCUCAUUUCAACGCCUCGUGCUUGCUGUGUGAAUUUUUGCAGCGUUGCUUCUAUUUAGCCAAACACACAAAUAGGAAGUUUAUUUUGUCACAUACAGUACUUCCUGUCAUUACUUCAAUUUGGAAGAGACCACUGGGCACACACUCCGUCCACAUGGCAGUAGCAGCUGAAGGUAUUUUCACUCAGGUGGAUCCAUAACCUACAUAUUCAGAUAUCUACUCUUUUACGAUAACAUGUUCAAUUGUGCUGCAGUUUAUUAUCAGCAUUACUUUGUACAGUAUUUCUGGUGACUUUAAAACAGUGUUAGAUAUCUAAAUAUGCAAAAUAUGGACCAGCAACUAGUUUGGGUGAUCAAAAAACUCAAGACUUAAGUAAAAAAAAAGAAAAAUUGGAGUGCAAUUGUUAAAAUGUUGGAAUAUCCCUCAACAUAUUUUUGCUAAUGUUUUUGUGAGUAAUUUAAAAAAAAAAAAAAAAAAAAAAAAAAGUUUGCCUUGUAAUGAAAGGUACCGUGGUCACCUGCUGUAGCUCUGAAAUUCUAUGUGAUAUGUACAGUAUUUAAUGAUUUAAAUUAAGCUUAUAUUUUAUACAUUUUUUUGGCUUUGUUUAUUUCUGUACUUUGCGCCCAUGACUGCUGUUUGUGAAGGAAGUAUUACAUAGAUCUUAUACCCAUCCCAGCAUCUCAUAGAUGAUUACCUGCCUCAGAGACACACUGCGGGGGUUGAGCCUUUACAGUCUACCGCCUGUCUGUCCUAUUAGCAGCUCAUGUCAUAGUCUGUGUAUAUUUGUACGAUAGAGUGAGAGAUUUAUUUUAUACAGCAAUGCUUCAGCAGUGUUUUUAGUCCUUUAUCCUUUCAUUGUCAUUAAAAACAUGCCUCAUAGCUCCGUAGGAAAAUUCUGGGUUGCACAUAUUAUUGUACAAUAGGGCUAACAGAUGAAUAUACAUGCUCCCUCUGCUGUCACAGCCAGUGAACUUUUUGGUCAGUGAGUGAAUGAAUAAGUGAUUACUUAGACUAAAUGCCUUUGAACAUACAGCUUCUCUCAGUGGCUUAUACAUACAACACAUCUCCAGGUGUACUUUGUCACAUCUGUGAUGCAGCCUGGGAUCACAAUCUUCCUUCAUUACGCACUUUGCAUCAGGGCCACAUCAACAUUUAAAAACAACUACUUGGUAAUGCACUGACUGAGCUGAGAGGACAUAUUACUUUUGCUUCAAGGAAAAUAUUUUAUAUUAUGUCAACUGACACAUGGCUGAUGUCUCUGCCUAUUUAUCCCAACAGACAUUUGACUGAGAUUAGCACUUUUAUUUUAAGGUAUAUAUUUUUCCUUUCAUCUCUGAGGUGAAACAGUGGUUAACAUGGUACCAGUGCAGAUACCUUCUGCACAUUUUGUUUUGGUAAAUCAAAAUGUUUUGUGACGAUCAUUUGGCAAAUAAAAAAUGAUACUGUAAGAGCCAAGCUGUAUUACAUCAAAUCUUGAGUUGCAUAUUUCAUCUACCAUGGGGGAUAGUAAAAGAUUGCAGUGUCAGUGGUUUUCUACAUGUUUAUGUAGCCUCCCUUUUAAAGAAAAACAUGGGUCCACAAAGAAGGACAUUUUCUUCACAGUGGAACAAUUUGUCUACAGCUUUCUCCUGUCAUUUCUCUGAUUAUGUACAGUUCAGGUUGUGUUCUCAAACUGAACAAGAGCCAAGUGAAUUUGUAAUUUGUAUAACCAGUCAUCACCUCCUUGUAGAGACGAGAAUGGCAUUUCCAUGCUGCAGUUUCUUUUUUCUUGUAAAGUUUACUGAUCCGUUUUCUCGUCUGAUCAACAGCUAUAAAUUUGGUAAUUGUUUCAGGCCUUAAAAGAUCUCUUUGGUCGUGUAAAAGCAACAACUAUUUAUACCCCUGUGCAGGUCCUCUUUGAAAUAUGUUAUAUGUAAAAUUUUUUGUGAUGUCUUCAAAAAUGUGAAAUGUAUCCAUAUUAUUUAUAAACGCCUUUAUUCUGUUGUACAUUGUUAAUAAUACCUUCAUAAAAUGUGCUCUUUUG